AUGUGUAUCGCAUUGAUAUCAACUGCCCACCCGGAAUACUCAUUGAUCAUAAUCAAUAACAGAGAUGAAUUCCUCCAUCGCCCCACGUCAUCGCCAGACUGGUGGCCAGAGCCAGCCUCACAUGUCCUCGGCUCACGAGACCUAGCCCGAUCUACACAUGGCACUUGGAUGGGGGUCACCAAACAUGGAAAGGUGGCAGUUCUUACCAACUACCGUGAGGACUCGACCAGCGCAGCCAUCGGAGUCUACAGCCGAGGCGUCAUUGUCAACAGCUGGUUGGUUGGAUCCACCGACAAGUCAGAGGAUACCAGGGAGUUUGUACAAGGCAUUGUGGCGAGUCCAGAAGCAAAGCAGGUUGGGGGUUUCAGUUUGGUGUGUGGACAUAUCAAUGAGCCCUUGGCCAUUGUCUCCAACCGUUCCGUAGACAUGGAUCAGAUCACCUGGGUGGCAACGGAGAAGAACCAGACGCGUGGACUUAGCAACACAAGCUUUGAUGACAGAACUUGGCCAAAGAUUAUCGAUGGAGAGCGGCUGAUGGAGGCUGCUAUUGCCGAGCAUGUGCAACAGGGAGACGAGGACGAGGAUGCAUUGAUUGAUCGUCUGCUGAAAGUUCUCGAAUCUGAUACCCUGCCACGACUGUCAGAGGAGAAUGCCACAAUUGAGACGUACAUUCAUCAUCUGCGCAAGAGCAUCUUUGUUCCUCUCAUCGGUGCCGCCAAUGAUCGUGAUCGAGCUGCCGAGAGAACCGCUGCAGCUCAGGUAGAGGAUGAGACCAACGCGCCAACAACUGGACCCCCCGAUCAAAGUUAUACCUGCGGGUCAUAUGGGACACAGAAGCAAACUAUUCUCCUGGCACGACCGGAUGGACGGGUGCGAUACUUUGAAAGAACGCUGUAUGACAGUGAUGCAAAGGCUGUGCCGGAGGGACAAGGCGAUCAUUCAUUUGAAUUCAACAUCACAGAGUAG